AUGGCAAAACUCACAAUCUUGUUCAUUAUCGUCACAUCGUUCGCUGUCAUCACAAAUGCCAAUGUUUUCAGUGGAAAGUGCGAUCCAAUCGUCAACGAAGAUAUUUGCGUUGAUCAAAUCUAUUUUGAGAAAUUGAAAGGACCAAAGUCAUUCCAAGUAAUUGGACAUAUGGAUUUUCACAAACGGAAUGGAAUGACAAUGUUCUACUCGUAUCUGAAUAGCAACUUAAUUGCUACACUUUCAAAUUAUAAUGGCGUUUACUUUUCCAUUAAUUGUUUUAAAAUUCCAUUUAAUGUCAAGUAUCAGAAAUUCAUGAAUUUUAAAUUGAAUUUCCCAAACUGCAAUAGCGUUUAUUCCUUGUUCAUGCAAAUGCGAAGCGAAAAAUUAGAUUUUUAUAAGCACACCAACAAGGAACCGAUUGUUACAUCAGUGUUCAAGAUUGAUAAAUAUCUCUCGUUUUGGGGAUGUAAACCAAUAGAUGGAAAAUCGACAGUUGAGAGGGCAGCAUGGAUAUUAAUGGAUAAUGAGAAUAACUUCGAAUAUGACAGUGAAAAACUGAAAGUUUAUUUGGAGGAUUUUCUAACCAAAUUCAGAACAAAAAUUAAUCAAACCAAAUUACAAAUAAACAGCAGCUCGUUCACUGUCUACAAUAUAACAGACAAACAUACUUCAUGCUAUUAUUCAUUGGACGAAAAAGGUGUUCACAGUGAAAUCAAAAGAGAUUUUCCUUUAAACAAAUUGACUCAAUCAACAUCAAAAUUUGAUGAAUCAACAAAGGUAAAGUUCGGAUAUAUGAUUCUCAUGUUUCUAGGUCACUUCAUUUUUAUGGUAGCUUAUUUUGCUAUUGGAUAUCAGAUUGUUGUUUGGUAUUGUAAGGAAUAA